UGUCACACAAGCCCAUAUUACCAGAAGGGAUAUGGGCUAGAUUUCGGAAUGUGUGUGGAGCCAUUGCCAGGGACCAACUACAGACCUGGAUCACCACUACUAAUUGGAAGAAGGUGCCUGAUUCGAUUAAGGAGUCUAUGUGGGCUGCACGGCAAGCAUGCUUUAGGUUCCCAGAAGGAAAACCAAAGGAAGAUGCAAAGAAAUUUGCGAUGCUCACCCUAGGGACAACUUUCAGGAACUUCCGAUAUACUCUCCAUAAAGAUUAUGCCAAGAAAGGGUUGAGUCCUAAAAUCAAAUUCGGGAAGAUUCCUGAUGCAAUGUGGGAAGAGUUCAAACUGAUGAAGGAAACGGCAGAGGCAAAAGCUUUGAGUGAAAAGAUGACCAAGAAGGCUCAAAAGGCCGCCGAGAAUCCCCAUCACUUGGGUGCUGGUGGCUACGAUGGCAAGAUCUCUCACUGGAGGAGAGAGGAAGAAGAACGAAGGAAAGCAAGUUAACAGACCUGUUUGAUGGCAUUCCUGAACGUGGUAAGUACUGGUGCCUAGCUCGACGACCAAGGUACAGAGAGGGAAAGGUUGUAUUUGAGAACCCGACCACUGCGGAAAUUUAUGAAAGAUUGGCGCAGGUCGUUGAUGCGGAAAAACAAGGUCUUUUCCAUCCUGACAGGGAGAAAGAUCAACUAACUGCUGCGAUUGGCACUGCAGAGCACUCUGGACGUGUUCGAGGGGUUUCAUCAUCGUUGCCCUGGAAACAAGCAUUUCCCAAUGACCCCGGCUACAGGAAAUGUGACCGUUACAAGAAAGACCUUGAAGAAAAGAUGAGAGCAAUUGCAAAAGAAGAGUUCUCUCAGUUAUUGGCCAGCCAGCAAGGGUCCUUAGUGCCACAUACAGCACAAGCUAACCAAGAGGUGAUAGUUGCCCAAUCUGGAUUGAUUGCUCCGAGCAGUGUCGGGUCCACAACACAGCAUAAGUAUCUGGUUGAUGAUAUACAAGUGGAUACACCUUGCAUGCUGGUUGUGCCAUAUGGAAAGAAACUAAAUAAGUUCCGUGAAGUCGCAACUGCCAUGGCGGUAAUGGGUCACGUGUUUCCAAGGCCACCUGCUCCAGAAUACGCCUGGGUACAAGUCGUUAAGGUGAUGGACUCUACUUGUGAGUUAGACAUCGCUACUGAUGAAGGGAUUGAGGUUCUUGGAGAUGCGAUCAAUCAAUACGUUCAGUGGCAUCGACGAGAUAUCAUUUUGCAAGGUUGUUCGAGCCAAGAACUACAACCCGGACCAGAGGCGAAUAUAGAGUAUGCAGCGCUAUUCCCUGUCCCGGAAGAAAACAAUCGCGAGCAGGAUCAAACAACACUUGUAGGCAAUGACAGAGUAGAUGAUUUUCCACAUCAUGAUCCGACACCAGUAGAUGCUAACAUUGAGACCCGGCACCCCGUCUUGCCAUCACCGAAGUCAGCAACCAAGAUCACAGAAAUGCCAUCACCGCAAGCCCCACCAAAGAUGCCGAAAAUACCUCGUAUGAUCACUACAUAUGGAAAGGCACCAUCUGCAUAUGUUGAUAAGUUUCUAAGAGCAAUGAAUAACCCGCCUUCAUCUUUCAAAAAUAAGGAGAAGGCGCCUCUACAAAAAGAUUUUGAUGUUAGGGAUCUUUUCUCAUAUGAAGUUGAAAUAACCCCGGAAAAUUAUGAGCAUGGCAAGUCAUUCUUGCCUCACGUGGAUUUACAGUUGAGCCCGUGGGAAUUGAUAAAGUUUCAUGCCUGGAUCAUGAAGGCGAUGAAACAUGGGAUCAAGGAAAUCACCGCGAUGGUCCCACCUUCUAUUUUCAACAAUCCAGUCCCGCAUCAAAUAGUCAUUGAUUUUGAGGACUUACAUAGACUUUACCGUCGGCGACAUAUGGAUGUCAAUCUCGUUACUGUGUUUUGCCUGAUGCAAUGGCAGGAGGAAGUUAAGACACAAAGGCACAAGGUCGCGUACCUUGACCCGGCGCGAAUUCACCAAACCGAGCACAACUUCAAGUUGAACGAAAAGGUACAAGAACAACUAAAAGCUGUGAAAACCAAGAAGGCAAAAUAUGACAUCAAAGAAGAGGCGCACAAAAAAGAAAGGCACAAGGUAUCCGUCUACAUUGCAAAAGUGAUGCUGAAGAGGGUUGAUAAGGAUUGGCUCAUGGCUCCAUAUGGAUUUGACAACCAUUGGAUUGCUAUAAUGAUUAUACCCAAGAUCGGAAGAGCAGUGGUCCUAGACUCAGCCGACUAUGACCGAAAACAAUACAGGGAGUUCAUAGGCGUUUUACAAAACGCGUACCGCCUCUACGUCAUGAAAGGCAGGCCACAUCCACCGGACUGGAAGGAAAUUAUGAACAUUCGAUAUAAUUUCCAUGUAAGAAUAUAGCACUUCAACUUUAUUGGUUAUGUAAGUAUGCACUCUAUAUAUAAUUUUUUUAUGAAGUGCCACAAGCAACCUCCUGGCUUGGUGCUAUGUGGCUACUACGUGUGCGAGUU